GAGCUUGUGGGUUCUUGGUUUCUAGGCCUCCCUCUUCUAUCACCACAGGGGAACAGGCAGGCUCAUUUGAACUGUGCCCUGACUGGAGUUUUCAGAGAAACAAACCAGUUCCCUCAAAGGCAUCAGAACCCACCCUGGAAAGCAGGCACAGAGGGAUGGCAAGGCCACACCAUGGAGAUUCUGCUACUCUGCCAAGCUUCUUAGUCACCUUCAUCUUACUGCAGUUCCUGCCUGCUGGGAACGGAAAAUCAGAUUUCCGUGUCCUUGGACCUCCUGACCCACUUCUGGCCAUACUUGGGCAAGACAAAGAGUUGCCGUGCAAAUUGUCACCCAACAUCAGUGCUGAGGGCAUGGAGCUGAGGUGGUACAGGGACCAGCCCUCGCCAGCUGUGCAUGUGCACAAGAACGGGGAGGAUAUGUAUGAAGAGCAGAUGGUGGAAUACAGGGGAAGGACCACGUUCAUCGGCAACCACAUGGUCAGAGGAGAGGCCGCUGUGAGGAUACGCAAUGUCACCAUGUUUGAUAACGGGACUUAUCACUGCGGCUUCAAGGAACACACAUCUCGCAGCCAGGCCACCCUGUGGUUGAAGGUGGCAGGGCUGGGCUCAUCACCCAGAAUCCAUGUGACUUACACCCAGGACAAAAGCAUAUGGGCUGAGUGCACUUCAACAGGAUGGUUCCCGGAGCCCAGUGUGCAGUGGCUGGAUCUCAAAGGACAGCCAGUGCCUGCUGAGACUCACUUCUCAGCCAUAGCCAGCACUGGCCUCUUGACUGUGGUAUCCAUUGUGACUACCCAGGACAGGGCUGUGGAGGGCCUGACUUGCUCCAUCAGUAACCCCCUCCUCCCUGAGAAGAAGGUGGCUGAGACUUAUCUGCCUGCCCCCCUGUUCAGAAGGCCUCUGUCCACCGAGAGGGGACCAGUUCUGCCUCUGAUCCUUGCGGCUCUGGGGCUUGUCACGGCAGCAAUAGCCUGUGCCUUCGGGAGAUCACACAAAGAGGAUAAAAGUGAGGAGGAAGAAGAAGUGAGCCCAGGAGCCAGUGCUGACGUUGAGCCCUUCCAUGCCAGCCUGUCCCUGGACCCUGAAACCGCGAGUCCCAAACUCAUGGUGUCUGAGGAUCAGAAAAGUGUGAAGCGGUUGCUAUUUGACCAGGACCUGUCUCCUAGUUCCAAAAGAUUUGACCAAGACCCCUGCAUCCUGGCCCAAGAGCGAUUUGAUGCAGGGAGACAUUACUGGGAAGUGGAAGUUGGGGACAGGAGGGCCUGGAUUCUGGGUGUGUGUCUGGAAAGUUUGGGACGGGAAGGUAGGAUCCCUAAGUCACCUCAGCAUGGCCUCUGGGCACUGGAGUUUUAUAAGAAGAGGCUCCAGGCCCUCUCUUACCCCAGGACUCACCUGUCUCUUCCGCAACCCCUCUGUCGUGUGGGCAUCUUCUUAGACUUUGAGGCAGGGGAAAUCUCCUUUCACAAUGCAGCCAAUGGCUCCCUUAUCUAUAUGUUCUCUGGGCUGUCUUUUUCUGGUCCCUUACAGCCAUUCUUCUGCCUCUGGACCCAUGACCCCAGGCCCCUGACCAUCUGCUCAGUGGUCAGAGAGACUGAAGAAGACACAGGAUCCUCUGAAGGUCCUUGACCUCCCUGGGGGCUCCCAAGACAUCCUUAGGAGAGAGGCUCUUGCCUUCUUGAGCACCCUGGCUCCUGGUAUUAUUUAUCACAUCCAUGUGUGGGAAUUUCACAAGACCCCAGGGGCUGGGUAUGCUGCCUCUGCCAAAUUUCUGUGCUGAAUACUGACCCCCUAUCCUCUCCCCACCCAGGAUUUCUGAAGGUGCUGUAAUUGGAGAUAAAGCAUUGAAAGAGAGAACCUAGUGUUCUUCUAUGAGAGGAGAUUGGGGCACACACACUGUGGGGACUUAGAGAUGUGCCACUUACCAGCCAAGCACUCUGUGGGGAUUUAGAGAUGUGCCUCUUACCAGCCAAGGAGACCAGCAGUCUUGGAUUUCUAGCUUCAGGAACUUAGAAAGUGGUUCCUGCAGAGUGAGAAUCGUGUGACUUCCUAUGCUGAGGUACUUUGUCAUGGCUGGCCUCACUCAGUGAGGAAACAAUACAAUAAGCACAACAGAGAUGUUUUUGCCGUGUUCUUAGUGGCAUAUGUAGAAUGUCCAGCUCGGGUGGAUGUGCUGUGGCUGCUUGAUAGCCGAGUCUUACCCUCUCCUUACUCUUCCUCCAUCUUGUCCAUCUUUUCCUUCCUCCCUGCUUUUCUCUCCCUCCUCCCCUUCUUUUUCUUCCUGUUAAAACUCAAAGGCAGAGGUCCCAAGAUUCCUAGGGCUGUGGUCAGAGAUCAGUGAGGACAGAAACCACAACAGUGUUGGCAGCGAAAACAGACUAGAAGCGGGUGUUAACAGACAUUUGAGAACACAGAAGCAAAGCUACACCAUGAACCAGCUCUCAGCUACCUGAGAGUCUUCCACUCCGAGACUGCGAGCAGAAGGGAGAAAAGAGCCCCGGGAGUGAGAUGCUGUUCUAUGGUGCUUGUUCCACAGGUGCUGAGAAAUGCAGUCUGCCCAGUGCUGUGAGGCUGCAGGCCCUGAGAGAAACACACAGUCAUACUAUCCCCUAGACCCAACGUUUCCUCUUCGUGUUUGUUAUAAUUUCGAGCAGGGAUCUGUUGGUGGGAUCUAUGUGGCGUUCAGGUCCUCACUCCAGGGGAACUGGGGUAUAAGGUUAAAUGAUCUGGCCUAAAAUCCAUUAAGGGCUCUUCCCUCCAUGUUCUGGAGACCAGAAAUUGAACCAAAAUGUUGGCAGGGUUGGCCUCUCUGGGAAGCACUGGAAAAUCUACUCCAGGCCUCUCUCCCAGUGUGUGGUGGAGUCCAGCCCUCCUUGGCUGGCAGGGGCAUCCCCACAAAGGCUGCCCUGUCAUUGUAUGGCCAGCUCCUCUCUGUGUUUUUCUUUAAAAGUUUUCUCUUAGACACACUUAGCACAGGCUGACUCCACCCUGAGGAUUAUAACUUAAUUGCAUCUACAGAGACUCUUUUCCUCCAAAUGAUCCCGGUCACAGGUGUGAGGGGUCCAGACUCAACAUAUCUCGGUGAUACUCAACUUACCAUAGUGGGUUGGAGUUGAAGGGCACUGGCUGAGUGGUGGGCACACCCUUUUGCAUUGGAAUAGCUCCUCAGAAUGAGGAGUCAUUGCCCAUAAGUGCUGUAACAGUUACACAUGUUUCAGAGAGACAAGGUCCUCAGACACAGCUGAAGAACAUCUAGGGUUUCGGGUUCACAGUCACGAGCACAGCCAGGGUUAGUCUGUGGAGUAGCAAGGAAAUGUCACAGGUACAGGUGACCCUGAGCUGGGCUUUGGAGAGAGGCUGGCAUUUAUAUAGGAAGAAAAGGGAGAAGAGAGGGGCUCAAUAAAAGAACCCUGGCCUUGUCACCUGCACAUUAUAGUUUUUCAAACAUGGGGUGAUAAUGUUUUUAUUUUUUCCUUCUUUGUUCAUCAGUGUGAUAUUUAUAUGCAACAAAUUUGCUAGUUAAAAAAAUUUAUGUAUAGACUAGAGAUCUGCCUGCCUCUACCUCCUGCAUGCUGGGUUAAAGGAGUGUGCCACCACUGCCUGGACAGUUUUUAUUUAAAGGUUUAUAUAUUUGAAGUAUAUGGGUUUUGUCUGCAUGUAUGUCAGCAUACCAGAAGGUGGCCUAUGCUUUUAAUUCCAGCACUUGGGAACCAAAGGCAGGCAGAUACCUGAGUUCAAGGCCAGCAGAGUUCCAGGGCAGUCAGGGCUACACAGGGAAAUUGUGUCUUGUAAAAACAACCCCCCCCAAAAUUUGUGUGUGCGUGUGUGCAUGUGUGUGUACACAUGGGUGCUGGAAUUAGCACUCCUGCUCUUAAGACGCAGCAGCAGGUCCUCUUCGGAACCGUCUCUCCAGCCUUCAGCUUCUUUGUGUGAAGGGUGCAGUGUGGUGAGCGUUGGUCAAAGUGUACAGUCACGUAGCAGUGCCACCAAGAAAUCAGUCUUUUGCCAUUAAAGUUUCCUUGAAUUUAUUGAAA